AUGGCACCAUCAAGUGAAGAAUACGAACAACCACCACAACAACCACAACCCCAACAACCAGAAGAAGAAGAAUUCAUAGACAUCAACGAAGUAGCAGAAGAAGUCGCCGAUGAAGACAUCAACGCCCCCGAACCACUCGAUGACGACGAAGAAAUGCAACUCGACGACGACGAAGACGACGUCUUAGAAAUCGACAUGAGUAACAACUCCUGGGCCUAUUUCGACCACCACAAGGACUCUAUCUUCACCAUCUUCUCUCAUCCCACCUUACCCAUGGUUGUGACUGGAGGUGGGGACAAUACUGCCUAUUUAUGGACCACCCAUACCCAACCCCCACGCUUUGUGGGCGAGAUCCAAGGACAUAAGGAAUCAGUCAUUACUGGAGGUUUUACCCAUGAUGGGAAAUAUUGUAUUACCGGGGAUAUGGCGGGUGUUAUUCAAGUAUAUGUUUCCAACAAGACCGGUGAGAAAUGGACUCAAUUUGCGACCUUGGAUGAAGUUGAAGAAGUGUUGUUUGUGAUUGUGCAUCCGACAUUACCAUAUUUCGCGUUUGGAUCUCCUGAUGGGUCGGUAUGGUGUUAUCAAAUCGAUGAAGUUGGGAACGGCGGCGUCGUGCAGAUCAUGUCGGGGUUUUCUCAUGGGUUGGAAUGUAAUGGAGCCGUAUUUAUUCCGGGGAAAGAUGAUGAUGAUGAGAAUGAAUUAAGUUUGGUGUCGAUUUCUGAGGAUGGUACGGUUGUGAAUUGGAAUUGUUUCACCGGGGGGAUAAAUUAUAAAUUACAACCUCAUGAUGAUUUCAAAGGGGUUGAAAGUCCUUGGGUUACUAUUAAAGUAUUGAAUAAUGUUAUUGCCAUUGGAGCAAGAGAUGGACAAUUGGCAAUUAUAAAUAAUGAUAAUGGGAAGAUUGUUCAUGGAUUUAAAACUUUGGAUAAUGUUGAAGAUAUUGCUGAAUUAUCUAUUGAAGCUAUUGAUUGGUGUAAAUCAAAAACUAUUAAUUUAUUAGCAAUUGGUUUAGUUUCAGGUGAUGUUUUAUUGUUUGAUACUACUUCUUGGAGAUUAAGAAAAAAUAUUAAAGUAGAUGAUGCCAUUACGAAAUUGGAAUUUGUUGAUGAAACUCCGAUUUUAAUUGGUUCAAGUAUGAAUGGUAAGAUUUAUAAAUGGGAUUCAAGAACUGGUGAAGAAUUAUUUGUUGGUGUUGGUCAUAAUAUGGGGGUUUUAGAUUUCGCGAUUUUGGAACAUGGAAAUAAAUUGGUAACUGCUGGUGAUGAAGGUGUAUCCUUAAUCUUUACCAUGUAG